UUCCUUCCUUGCUUGUUUGCUUGCUUGCUUACUGGUGCAACUGACUUGCGGCUGGCGUGGUUGGUCACCGUAGACAUGUUUCAAUUAUUUCUGCAAUCUGCAACUACAAUAGUCCAUCCCCUGCCAUCAUGAUUACGUGCCCAACGUUGAAGUGAACUGGCCGGACGGGACCAGCAGGAAAAUAAGAAGCAAUUUUUGUCAUAUAUGAUGCAUGUACGUACGGACGUAUGUUACAGCAAAAUUAAGUACUAUAUAUAAACCACGCACAGAGAGCUCGAUUGAACUUUUUCCGUGCAUUAUAUAUGCAUGAUUACAAAAUUGAUACAAGCCUCCAGUUCCGCUGCUGUGUUCAGUCAGUGACACAUCGCAGUUGUAUAUAUAUUAUAUAUAUAUAAGAUGGAGCGGAAAUGAGUGAGAAGAAUCAGAUGCGCGCGCCACCACCCACCAGGCCACUACUCGCGUGCAUAUCAUUAUCAUAUCAGAGCCGGGAACCUCAAGCCAGCGACUUGCUCUGCUGCUUUCAAAUCUUAGUCUCUUAUAGCUAAGCUCGCAAGGGCUAAGACACACUGAUCUUGGUUCACACAUGGCUUCCUUGUUGCGCUGGAAGGACAAGUACGUGAAGGAGAGGCUGCAGGGCCUGUCCUGCUCCUCGGCGGCCGCCACCUCCGUCGUCCCCUCCAAUGGCCGCGCCAUCGACCGGCACUCUCCGCACCUCCGGGACCCUCACCGGCGUCUCCCGCCACCGGUGCCCAAGCCACCCAGACCCAGCUCUAGUUUCAGUACUACCAAAGAUUCGUCCUCCUCCUCCUACAAGCAGCGGCAGCAGAUUUGCCACUUCGACGUCGAUGGCAAAGACAAAAGGAAGAAUAAGAAGAAGAAGAGCACAGCAGCAGCAGCCGCUGGUAGUGGUAGCUCGCCGUCGGAGCAUAGGAGAAACGGCAAGGAGAAGGCGCUGCAGCUGCAGCAGGUGAGCCCCGCGAGCUCGUCCCGGUUCCUGCUCAACUCCUCCAGGCUCAUGAUGCAGUCCGACGACGAAACCACUGCCGUCGACUCCCUGCCGCCACUUCCGUCCCCGCGGCGGCCCUCCUUCGUUGACGCCGCCGCCGAGGACGACACAGACACAUUCCCCAGCAGCCACGGCGAUGCCGCGUCGCCGGCUGUUCCGUCAAGAAGGCCUCAGCUCGUGGCGCCGGCGCCGCCACUGGAAUUAUUCGCUGAGCCGUCUGCAUCAGGCGCAGGCUCCUCCUCCUCUUCGUCGUCAGAGAUAACUGGAGGCCAUGUCGUCGCCGCCGCUGACAACACUGUCGUGGUGAGAUCAUGUUCCACGAGAACAGGGCAGCACCAGGUAGUGGUUUUGAGGGUAUCUCUGCACUGCAAGGGGUGCGCUGGCAAGGUGAAGAAGCACCUCUCCAAGAUGGAAGGCGUUACUUCUUUCGACAUCGACAUCGCGACGAAGAAGGUGACGGUGGUGGGAGAUGUGACGCCGCUAGGCGUCCUCAACAGCAUCUCCAAGGUCAAGAGCGCCCAGUUCUGGCCUGACUCUCGCUCCUCUUUCUCUACGCCACCGCGUGCCUCUGCCUCCUUCUGAGCUGCCCACUAGCUUCGUCACAAACUUAAUGGUUGGGACGCCAACACGGUGGUCUUUCAAAUAUAUAGUUCCUUUUUUCUCCAUAUUAUCGAUCGAGGAAAAUAUAUAUAUUUGCACAAUCCAAUCAAAAGUUCCUCUACCACAAAAGAUGCAUUAUACAAAAUUUAACUUUAACUAUAUAUAUAGGCGUCUUUUUAUGUUUUGAAGCUCGUUGUAAUAAGAUUAUGAAAGUAUAAUGUAUAUUUUCAAUUUUAUUAAAUACAAAAAUAGGGGGACCUAAAGCUAUGAUA